AUUUAUAUUUAAAGGAGUAGCUGAGGUUUAUUCAGCCCUAAAUCGCCAUCUGCAACAAGCUAGAAUCAUGACACUUUUGCUAGCUCCCGUGGCCAGAAGGUUAGAGGGUAAAGUAGCAAUAAUCGCUGGAGGUACCGGAAUCAUUGGUGCAGCUACCGCACGUCUAUUUGUGCAGCAUGGUGCAAAGGUGGUGAUUGCUGGUCGCCAAGACCAAUUAGGCCAAGCUCUAUGCAAAGACCAAGAAGCUCUCUCUUUUGUUCACUGUGAUGUUACUAAUGAACCGGAUGUCGAAAAUUUGGUUGAUUCCACAAUGGCCAAACAUGGUAAGCUUGACAUUAUGUUUGGUAAUGCUGGUAUUACAGGCUCCCCUGAUCCAAGAAUUUCAGCAACAGAGUACCAGGAUUUUAAGACAGUGUUUGAUACUAACGUUUUUGGCGCAUUCUUGUGUUCCAAACAUGCGGCUAGAGUCAUGGCCCCUGUGAGACGAGGCAGCAUAUUGUUCACUUCAAGUGUGGCAUCAGUGGUUCAGGGAGAUGUUCCACAUGCCUACACGGCUUCAAAGCACGCGGUCUUAGGCCUAACGAAGAGUUUGUGUGUGGAGAUGGGGAGGUAUGGAGUUCGAGUCAAUUGUUUAUCUCCAUUUGGAGUUAUUACUCCAAUGCUGAUGAAAGGGGUGGGAAUUACGGAUAAGGGGAAGCUGGAGGAGUUUAUAGAAGGUAUUUCGAAUCUUAAAGGCACGGUGGUGGAGGCAGAGGAUGUGGCCGCGGCUGCAUUGUACUUGGGAAGCGACGAGGCUAAGUAUGUCAGUGGUUUGAAUCUUGUCGUCGAUGGAGGCUAUAGCACUACAAAUAUUGCUCUCAGAGAGGCCCUUAAGAAGAUUUCAUCUUAACAUCAGAUGCUUAAACAGUUCAUCUUAUGUGUUUUCGAUUUGGAUAAUAAUUUAAGCCAAGCCAACUGUCAUUUCCAUUCAUCUCUGUAUCUCCUCUCAAAUAUCAUGUUGAAAAUGUGUGUUUCACUUAUUUUUUAUUUUAUUUGUACUAGAUUUAAACUUGUUUAAAUUUAAUAUUAUUUUAUUAAUAUUUUA